AUGCGCUCCUUUGCUUUCCUUGCCCUCUUCGCCAUCUCCUCUUCCGUUGCUGCAGUGCCCCUUCAGCCUCUCAUUGUUCCCCCGUUUGACCCCAGUAAAAUUCUCUGCCAACUUCCUAUCCUCAAGAAGUAUUUAUGUCCGUUGGCAGGCACAGCUGCUCUCAAUAGGGCCACUCCACUAGGGACUGCCAGAGGGGUCGCUGAUGUCGAUGGUGCUUAUAGGUUCCCCGUCAGAUAUGCUUCAGCGCCUAGAUGGGGCCCUUCCACCCUCGUCUCUUCUUGGGACCUUCCAAACGGCUUCACCACCCCUUCCAGUUUGCCACUUGCUUGCCCCCAAGAUGGUGUCGAUGAAUCAGCGUUCUCCGAAGAUUGCUUGUCUAUGGUUCUAUACGUACCACCAUCUUUGACUCUAACCAGCAAUGCGCCAAUUCUUGUCUGGAUUCACGGUGGCUCAUUUGUCGUCGGCUCUGCGACCGGUCCCGGUUUGGAUGGAUCGAAGCUUGCAAUUGCCACAGACUCUAUCGUCAUCGCUGUGCAAUACCGUCUGGGUGUUUUGGGCUUUAUGGCACCCAAUGGCGCGACAAACCUUGCGGUCAAAGAUGUUAUCACUGCUCUUCAGUUUAUCAAGAAAAUUGCCCCGUCAUUUGGAGGGAGCAGUUCAAAGAUAACGCUGGCCGGGCAAAGUAGUGGCGCCACAAUGAUUAGAGCCCUCCUCGCCACCCCUGCAGCAUCCUCUCUGUUCAAAUCGGCAAUCAUACAGUCUGACCCUAUGAACUUUGGCUUUUUGAGCUCUCAAACUCAGGCAACCCUUCAAAAUUUCUUCAAUGAACAAACUGGCUGUGCUUCAACGGAUUCCAAUUGCCUGAAUGCCAUGUCUCUGGACGAUGUUUUAGACAGCCAGGACGCUCUCCUCAAUAAUGCUUUCGGUCUGGACCCGUCUACUGGUCGCAAUGUUCCUAUUAGGCCAGUUCUGGAUGGUUCCGUCAUCAACACUCCUCUAGACUCUACGAAGCCAUUUCCCACGGUCUCUAAACCUGUAUUGUUAACUACCGUAACUCAAGAGGCUGCAUUUGCUAUCUAUAGUGCUUUCACAACCCCUCUUCCGGAACAAGCGCUCAUUCCCGUUUGCGAUGACACCUUUGGCGAGGAACGCACUGACGUCGUUGUCUCCUCUCCUCACUACGCUGUGCCGCCUGGCGUAAAUGGCACUUUUGACGCCCGUGUUCAGCUUCAGACAAUCGGGACAGAUUACCUAUGGAAGUGCUCAGGUUGGACCUUCGCCAGGAAUUGGGUUCAACACGGUGGCACUGCUUACGUUGGACAAUUUGUUGUUGGCGCCUCUUAUCCAGGCAACGAAGCUGUCCCAUAUUGCUUGACACCCGGCGUCGUGUGCCAUCAAGACGAUAUACAGAUAGUUUUUGGCACUGUGCCCAAUCCCACCAGUGCGCAGUCUGCUCUCAUUACAGAGAUCCAGAAGCGAUACAAAGCAUUCUUGAACAACGGUAACCCCAAUGCCGCCGGGGUUGCCACCUGGUCUAAAGCCACUAACUCCGAUGUGAAGGCCAUGGUUCUAGGAGGGACGGGCCAGGUCGCCGUCGGUGCAUGCAGCCCAAACUUCUGGGGUGAUGCCGUUCAAUACGACUACCAAUUUUAUAAUGCGUAG